GAAGUCGGUCAACGCCUUUUCCGACACGCCUCAUGGCAUCGCGGUCUGCCCAUCGCACACCCCUGCAAGAACUCCCUGUGGAGCAGUUCAUCGCUCCCAGUGCAGACACAAGAAAACACAAGCGCCCACUCUCUCCAAGCAGACCCAGUGCUUUGUGCAAUCCCGCCAAACGUCGCAUCCUCGAUGUGGAAGGCAUUUCCACAUCGCAUGGCCAUGCACUUUCAUCCUUUGCCUUCAGACCUACAUCGUCGACCAUCUGUGGCGCACAUCUCGUCACCCCAUUUCGGCCUUCCAGAAAACCAGACACACACUCUCCCAUUGCCCUUCCAUCCAGCAGUGAUCCCUCCAAGACGUACCUGAACACCCGCGCGCCACAUGGCCCGCCUUUAGGCCUUGAUGAGGGAAUCAGUCUUCCUCCAACUUCAUCUAGACUCUGGCACUCUCACACGCCACCUACCGUUCAUCUACAUUACUCUACACAGGAUGUCGACCGCCAAUCAAAGCACUAUCCGGGCUUCGACGUAUAUCAUGACGGUCCCACCCGAGUGGGGUCACCCGUUUCUGCAGAGCCACCGCAGGACGACGGCGGACGUGUGGAGGUGAACUUGGAAGGAGAGGAGGAUACCAAGGAGAACGUGCCACCCAAACGGAAGACGAAGAAAAUAUGUUCAAAAAGCUCUCCUUCUGCCCCGCCGAGCGACCCCACUAGCUCCUGCCUGCGCAUAUUUCCGCGCAAGAACGACGCCGGAUACCCGGCGAACGCGCCCUCAUCAUUCUUGGCACCGCGAUGAAUAGCUUUUGCACUCAGUGCCUCUUUUUUUCUUUGUCUCACGGAAAGGCCGAAGGUAAUGUGCCUUCAAUGCUACCGCCCCUUAUUGGCGAUGAAAGUACAUGUCUAAGGGUUUCAUCCAUUUACACUUACGUCUAGAUAAUUGAUCAUAUGCUUCAUCAUUCGAAGACAUACCAUGC